AUGUAAGAAAAUAAUGAAUAAGCGUUAGACGAUCUGAGUAAAGAAGUAUUAGUUUCAUAAUUGAAGGAUAAAGUAUAUAAUACUAAAUAAAUGAUAAGAUAAAGGAGAACAAAACUAUUACCAAAAAAUUAGAUAAAUUAUCUGAGAAAUAUGUUUAGACUUAUAAAGAGUAUAAAUUAAUUGCCAAAGACAGGGAUACUUUAUUUUAAGCCAUUUCAUCAAUUUUAAAUGAUGAAUUAUAUAAAUUUGAAUAGAAGCCUUUGGGUUUUAUAUAUAAAUAAAAAUAGGAUAAUUUGAUCAAAAUCAAAUUCUGGAUUUAUUUAAGUAAAAGGAUGAAGACAAAUCUAAAGCUUUAACAAAUCUGAUAAAAGAAACUAAUAAUGAAAAAUUUCAAUUAGAAGAAAAAUAUCGUUAAAUGAUAGAGAAAUAAGGUUAAAAUACUGAUUAAAAGACUCAAUAAAUAAUUAAAUAACUAAAAUAACAAAUAAAUGAUCUAGAUGUAAAUAAUACAAGAUUAGCCAAAGAGAUAAUUGAACUUAAUGACAUAAUACAAAUUAAAAAUUAAUAAUUACAAACUCUUCAUUAAUUAGAAGAAGAUAAUGCAAAUUUGAAAACUUAAUUAAUGGUCUAAGAAUUAUAAUUAUAAUAACCUGAUAGAGCAAAUAAAAUAAAUUCAUCAGAUCUUAUGAAUGAAUAAUUAAAGUAUAAAUAAUAGAUUGAUAAACUCUUAUAAGAGAUUUAAAAAUAGAAUAUUAAAAUCUAAGAUUUGGAAUCAUAAUUAUAAUCUAAAUAAAAAGUAGAGAGUGCUAAAGUUAUUUAAAAGAAUUAUGAAACUCCAACACCUGAUUAUGAUGAAAUUAAUCCAUUUGAAUAAGAUAAUACUUUAAAAUAAUAAGAAAUAAUUAUAAACAAAUAGAUAUCCAAUAAAUAAAUAUAAACAGAUCCAACUACAUAGAAUAAAGAGGAAGGUGAUAAUAGAAAUGUUAAUUUUGAAUAUUUAAGGAAUGUUGUUUACAAAUACUUUUUGUAUUAAGAAACUAGGAAUUAUAAGGAAGCUUCUAUUUUAAUGAAUGCUANAAGUGAUGCAUAUACACUUAUUAAUAAUAAUGAAAUUCCUAAUAAUCCUAAAAAUAGUAGCUUUGUAAUAAUCCUUGCAUAUUUCCACGAAGUUAAACAAAAGUGGAAUUUGUAUAUUUGUUUUUCUAAUUCCAUUACUUUAAUUUAAUUAAAUGUAAGAAAAUAAUGAAUAAGCGUUAGACGAUCUGAGUAAAGAAGUAUUAGUUUCAUAAUUGAAGGAUAAAGUAUAUAAUACUAAAUAAAUGAUAAGAUAAAGGAGAACAAAACUAUUACCAAAAAAUUAGAUAAAUUAUCUGAGAAAUAUGUUUAGACUUAUAAAGAGUAUAAAUUAAUUGCCAAAGACAGGGAUACUUUAUUUUAAGCCAUUUCAUCAAUUUUAAAUGAUGAAUUAUAUAAAUUUGAAUAGAAGCCUUUGGGUUUUAUAUAUAAAUAAAAAUAGGAUAAUUUGAUCAAAAUCAAAUUCUGGAUUUAUUUAAGUAAAAGGAUGAAGACAAAUCUAAAGCUUUAACAAAUCUGAUAAAAGAAACUAAUAAUGAAAAAUUUCAAUUAGAAGAAAAAUAUCGUUAAAUGAUAGAGAAAUAAGGUUAAAAUACUGAUUAAAAGACUCAAUAAAUAAUUAAAUAACUAAAAUAACAAAUAAAUGAUCUAGAUGUAAAUAAUACAAGAUUAGCCAAAGAGAUAAUUGAACUUAAUGACAUAAUACAAAUUAAAAAUUAAUAAUUACAAACUCUUCAUUAAUUAGAAGAAGAUAAUGCAAAUUUGAAAACUUAAUUAAUGGUCUAAGAAUUAUAAUUAUAAUAACCUGAUAGAGCAAAUAAAAUAAAUUCAUCAGAUCUUAUGAAUGAAUAAUUAAAGUAUAAAUAAUAGAUUGAUAAACUCUUAUAAGAGAUUUAAAAAUAGAAUAUUAAAAUCUAAGAUUUGGAAUCAUAAUUAUAAUCUAAAUAAAAAGUAGAGAGUGCUAAAGUUAUUUAAAAGAAUUAUGAAACUCCAACACCUGAUUAUGAUGAAAUUAAUCCAUUUGAAUAAGAUAAUACUUUAAAAUAAUAAGAAAUAAUUAUAAACAAAUAGAUAUCCAAUAAAUAAAUAUAAACAGAUCCAACUACAUAGAAUAAAGAGGAAGGUGAUAAUAGAAAUGUUAAUUUUGAAUAUUUAAGGAAUGUUGUUUACAAAUACUUUUUGUAUUAAGAAACUAGGAAUUAUAAGGAAGCUUCUAUUUUAAUGAAUGCUAUUAUGACAAUUUUGAAAAUGUCUAAUGAAGAGAAAAGGAGAAUAGAUUAAGCUAGAGAGAGGGGUUUCAUUAAGAAUGCUAAGAAUCUUUUAAGUGAUAGUUUUGCAUGUCUCAAGUAACCACAAUUAAAUGAUAUGAAUUUGGAUAGACCUAUCAGUAGAGUUGAGUAAAUGAAUAAACAUAUGAUGAAUUGA